AUGAGGUUCCCUGCUCAGCUCCUGGGGCUGCUGAUGCUCUGGAUCCCUGGAUCCAGUGGGGAUGUUGUGAUGACGCAGACUCCCCUCUCUCUGCCCGUCACCCCUGGAGAGCCGGCCUCCAUCUCCUGCACGGCUAGUCAGAGCCUCCUACAUAGUAAUGGAAAUACCUAUUUGAGUUGGUACCUGCAGAAACCAGGCCAGUCUCCACAGCUCCUGAUCUAUAAGGUUUCCAACAGGUUUUCUGGGGUCUCAGACAGGUUCACUGGUAGUGGGUCAGGGACAGAUUUUACGCUUACAAUCAGCAGGGUGGAGGCUGAGGACAUUGGAGUAUAUUACUGCAUGCAAAGUACAACAACUCCACCCACAGUGAUACAGCCCCGAACACAAACCUCUCUGCUUGGCAUGGUCCAGCUGCCCACAUGUGUGGCUUGUCUGGGAAAGCAGCCCAGCAGUUUUUCUGAGUCUCCGAAAGAGGAAGUUGUAGGAGAACUCAGGGGAAUAGUUUGCUGCUGUGGGCUGUGGGCCAUGAGACUCUCAAGCACACCCCAGGCACCACCUGUUAAGGUGUUAUCAGCUGCAGCAGCCUUACCUGUCAUAAGUAGCAGGAGAAGGAGGUGGUUCAGGGGUCCUGUUACUAUCCUUGACCUAGGAGAUAAGGACUCCAACCCUGAGAAACAUCCAGGGCUUGAAGCUGACCAGUCCACCAGCUACAGACUUUAUGAUGGUGAAACACCCAAUCCAUCAUGGGAUCCUGACCUCUGA